AGAUGGCAGCAAUGCAACAACUUUGGACGCCGGCUGCCGUGAAACCCCAAAGAAGAAGAAGACUAGGCGGAAAUGUGUGAGAGCUGGUGUCUUUGUUCCGCCAUCUUGAAAGCAGAGAGCUGCUGGAUCCUGGCGACCAAGAUCGAAAUGGAUCAGUACAAACUGGAAAUGAAAGAAGAGGACGUGGACGUUUAUCAAUACCAGAACAAGAGUGAUCCAGAACAGCAGGACCCGAGUUUAACCGAGCAGAACCGCUCUAUCAGCGGAAUAAAGGAGGAGCCGCAGGACCAGAGUUUAAACGAGCAGUUGCUGAAUUUAACCGAGCAGGACCGGUCCAUCAGCGACAUAAAAGAGGAACAACAGGACCCGAGUUUAACCGAGCAGGACCGGUCCACUUGCGGAAUAAAGGAGGAGCAGCAGGACCGUGACCACGCUGGUCCCACAGAUCAACAGGAACACAAAGGAAGAAAAGCUUCAAGGCUGUAUCUCUGUCAGAAAUGUAGCCAGGCCUUCACCAGACUAUCAGACCUAAAGAAUCAUCAGAAGGUUCACUCUGAAGAGAAACCAUACAGCUUUGACCAGGGUGGCAAAACUUGCUAUAUGAAGAGUAACUUAAGGACCCAUCAUCAAAUUUCUACUCGAAAAAGACCGUACUCCUGCACCAAAUGUGGUGCAGCUUUCCACAAGUCAAAGGAUUUGAAAAUUCACCGUUGUGUUCAGGCUUUAAAGAAACGUCACUCAUGUGAACAGUGUGGAAAAGCAUUCUCUUACAAAAGAGGUUUACUGGCACACAAACAUCUUCACACUGGAGAGAAGCUUCACUCAUGUGAACAGUGUGGAAAAGCAUUUUCUAACAGAAGUAGUUUACUGACACACAAACGUAUUCACACUGGAGAGAAACCUUAUUCAUGUGAACAGUGUGGAAAAGCUUUCUCUCAACGCUGGCAUUUACUGAAACACCAACGUAUGCACACUGGAGAGAAGCCUUAUUCAUGUGAACACUGUGAAAAAGCAUUUUCUAACAGUAGUAGUUUACUGACACACAAACGUAUUCACACUGGAGAGAAACCUUAUUCAUGUCAACAGUGCGGAAGAUCAUUUUCCCAGCUCACUCAUUUACGGACACAUCAACGUAUUCACACAAGAGAGAAACCUCACACAAAAGACAAACCUUACUCAUGUGAACAGUGUGGAAAAGCUUUUUCUCACCACAGCCUUUUACUGGCACACCAACAUCUUCACAGUCGAGAGAAAUGUCACUCAUGUGAACAGUGUGGGAAAGCUUCCUCUCAUAGCAACAGUUUACAGCCACACCAACAUGUUCACACUGGAGGAAAACUUCACUCAUGUGAACAGUGUGGGAAAGCAUUCUCUCGGCUCAGUAAUUUACAGAGACACCAACGUAUUCACACCGGGGAGAAACCCUAUUCAUGUGAAUUGUGUGGAAAAGCUUUCGCUCACAACAGCACUUUACUGGCACACAAACAGGUUCACACAGGAGAGAAACCUCACUUAUGUGAACUCUGUGGAAAAGCUUUCUCUCAAAACAGCACUUUACUGGCACACCAACAUGUUCAUACUAGAGAGAAACCUCACUCAUGUCAACAAUGUGGAAAAGUGUUUUCUCUGCUCAGUCAAUUACGGUCACACCAACGUACUCACACAGGAGAGAAACCUCAUUCAUGUGAACAAUGUGGAAAAGCGUUCUCUCGGCUCAGUUCUUUACGGACACACCACCGUAUCCACACCGGAGAAAAACCUUAUUCAUGUGAACUGUGUGGAAAAGCUUUCUCUCAAAACAGUGCUUUUCAUCAACAUCAACGCUUUCACACUGGAGAGAAACGUCACUCAUGUGAACAGUGUGGAAAAGCUUUCUCUCACAAAAAAAGUUUAUUGUUACACCAACAUGUUCACACUGGAGAAAAGUCUAAUUUAUGUGAAUAGUGCCAAAACUGCCAUCCUUUUGGUGCAAAAGAUUCAUGUCUUUUCUGUGCUAUGGAGUAUUACAUCUUAAAGCUAAAAAGUGUUAGUCUCUUACUUUUUGAUGUCCAGAUUUAUUCAUGACUAUUUGAAGUUAAAUGGUAUUGACAUGCAUCUUACUGAGUUUUAUUAAAAAGUAUUAAAAGCAAUUCACCAUGUGACGAUGCUUAAUUGAUCAUACAUAUCAGAACUACAUGAGACAUUAAUUACCACAUGCCUUCUCUUUUGUAAUAGAAGUCAUUUUAAUCUCCAUAUUAGUUUGAAAAGUGUAUAUAAUUUCUGUAGUGUAAUUUUGAAGUGGUGUUUUUUAUAUAUAUUUUAUUAGAGCCUAAUAGCAAUAGGCUUCUUCUGUGUCUUUCUGUGUCUGCUGCCAGUAAUGUUAACAGGUCUAGGUGAAUGUCCUAUAAUUGUUGUAUUUUGGCAAAAUUGUUGACAAAUAUAUUUAAGAUGGAAUCCAGGAAACCUUUGAGUAAAGCGUUAUUAUGAAUUGCUCAUAUUGGACAGUACAUGGUCUACUCCAAAAGUUAGAACGGAACCAGAUGUCUAGCUGAAGUAGAGAUUGCGUGGCUGUAUAUAACUAAAUGCUUUGUGCUUGUUUGUGUUGUGUGUGUUAUUAAAAAUGUUAGGUAGACAUUGUUUAAGUGGAAAAAUGAAAACAUUGGAUGGUGACUUACUCCUCUAAGUGGAGGAGAAAUUAUCGACAAUUUAUAUGGUGUCCCUCAGUGGAUAGUUUCGGUCACUUAGGCACAGUAAUUAUUGUUUAAAGCUAAUUGACUGUCUUACUCAAAGGCUGCAAAUAAUCUGGCCCAGGGUAUCGACACAUAAGUAGAUCAGCGAAAUUCUGAGAGUAGAGGUAAAUUAAAUGUUAAAAAAUUCAUGCACCAUACAGUAGAGCAGUUUUGCUGACAGCUCAUUUUGCAUGGCUCACAGUGGAAUCUGUCUCUAUAAAUGUUUCUUGUGCUCAGUAAAUUACUGAUCAAUAUUUAGCCUAGGAAUAUGUUAAGACUGUUCAUUGAAAAAGGAAAAUCUGAAAGUUUACAUUAGGCUUGGGGCGGAUCAAUCCAAGCGUAGAUUUUGGCCUGAUAAGAGAUAAUGAACCUUAUUAAAUUGCUUUCUUUUUAUAUGACCUAUAAAGAUGUGUUAAAAAAAGAAACGUGGUAUAAUCAAGGUGAGCUCAAACAUAUUUGUAUCUAUGUAAAUAUGUUUAGUAUUCGUGUACAUAUGUAAAUAUCUGACUUUAAAUCUGGCUACUAUCUGACUCCCAAAUCCAAGGCAAAGGAGAUGUGUCUUUCUUUGUCUGUAGACAUUUAUGGCCCCUUUACUCUGAUAGCGACAGAGCGAGUGAUACCUGCAAUUUGAUUGCACUAGAGAGACACUCCACUCUGCCAGAGAAAGAGACAAAAGAAUAAUAAAGUUGUCAAUUGUGUAAAGUUUGCAUUAUACCUUUUUGGUGUAUGUUCUGAUCUCCUGGUUUUUCAUUUGCCAUUAUCUUUUCUUUGUUAUUAAAAUAAAUUACACAAUAGACAAUACUCUCUUCAGCUUCAUUGGAAAAUUUUCACCAAAUUUCUUGGCAUCCCAAAAAGGAUUAUACUGCAAGUCAUCUAGAUGGUCAACAAUAGUCCUGUGACCGAACCUCUACAGACAAUUAAUGACACAUAAAAGAUGUACAACCAUUAAAAGAGAUAUUACAGAAAAAAGAAAAACGGAUUUGAAAAAGUAGAACUUUAAAAAGAAAAAUCUUACAGUACAUUGAAUUAAACAAAAAUAUCUUGACUACUGGAUUAAAGAGGCAGAAUGCAGAGAAGGAUUAAAAUAUCAAAAGGAACUAGGAGGAAGUCAAAAUUAAAAUAGAAACGUAACCGGUCGAAAAGAUAACAAUUCUGCAUUUCAGUCCAUAUGCAGUGUAUAUGACUAAAAUUAUCACAUGCAGACGAAAACCGGAUUAAUCCAUGGAUGACUUUGUUCAUUGUCUCACCACUGCAUACAAUACGCAUGGGGGAGUUCACCAUCCCACGGAGGUAGUCAUGGGGCUCUCUUCCUACAAAAGUUAAUUAUGCAAGCUCAUCAUGAAGGAACUACUCUCUGAAGUAUCAGAGGCUGUGAAACAAUCAUACAUUAGAUGGAAAGAGGAAGCGUGCCGUUCUGAUCUUAGUCAUGCCCGCAUGCUCAUAACACUCUUCAGCAGAGAAAAAACAACAGAGAAAAAGAAACCAGUUUAAACUACAUCUGCUUAGAGAUGUUCUCUGCCGGACACUGGUCGUAAUAACAACAACAACAGGAACCACGGGCAGACAUUGUGGCCCGUGGUCAGGCUCCAGCUGAGAGGACAUUCAUGUCAGACUGACAGUGAAAGAAGAAACGUAACGGACCCUCCUCACGCAACGUAGACGGUACCGCACAUAUACACACACUCUCACCUAAGAAGGUGAGCAUUCCAACACAUUCACUCAUGCAAUGAAGCAACCGCUUGCUAUUCAAAGUAUUCCAAAGUAGAGAGCAGCAUAGUAAGACAGAAUAUGGAUAUGCUGUGGAAGAGAGAGCUGAUGAAGAAGCGAGUGCAGGCUGUUUGGAGAAGGUGGAAGAAAGUGUCAGCAAGACCCAAAGGAAACGUGGAUAAGACCAUGUUGACACCAGCUCUGUCCUAUUCGUUAGACCACAGCAGUGAGAAAGAGACAAGAGGCUGAGAUGGGUUAAAAUAUAUAUUAUAAAAGGAACAUCUCACGUUGCCUGCUUUGGCAACAAAGCCAGAGAGGCCAGACUGUGAUGGUUUGGAAUUGUGCAAAGGAGGGAUAGUGAAUAUAUUUGUAGAAGGAUGUUGGAGAAGGAGCUGCCAGGCAAGAGGACCACUGAAGAGGAGAGAUAUGGAUGUGUUGACAGAGUACACAAGGUUGGCUGGUGUGAGAGUAGAAGAUGCCCAGAAUAGAGUUAGAUGUAAAAGGAUGAACGUUGAAAAACUUUGAUAGGGCAACAUUGUUUCAAUGUCUUGCUGUCAAUGUUAAAAGGUUUUCAAACAUUGUUUGAAUGUUACAUCAGUGUCACAAAAACAACUGAAAAGAUGAAACAGUGACAACAACAGGGUCAAAUGACGUGUUGGAAAGAAUCAUUUACAUAAAGUUAGCCCAAUGAAACACAAACAGCAGGUGUUUAUAAAUAUUAGUUUUUUUGUACCAUCAGUAGAUCAGGAUGAUGAUGAUGCUGCUGCUGCUGCUGCUGCUGCUGCUGCUGCUGCUGCUGCUGCUGCUGCUGCUGAUGAUGAUGAUGAUGAUGGACAGAAUCUCACUGAAUGUGUUUUAUCUCUGUGCUGCUUCAGUCACUUCAGUUUGAGGUAAACUAUUGAGGACUGUACAGCAGUCAUGUAAAGGAGAAUAUGAAAUACCUUAAAGGUAGGGUGACAGAAAAACAAACAUCUUACAGUAUAUACAGUAGUGCCACAGGCUGAUCCUGCUGAAAAAACACAUUUUCCUCUGUCCUCAGUCAGAAGUCUCCCUGAAGUCUAACUACCACCACAUGUAAAGUAGAAAGCCUGUUUUUUGUUCAAAGCUACAAUGAAGCUACUGUUCAUAUCAAGCAGAUUCUGUUAUGACUCAUUUAACACACUAGAACUACUGGGUUUUCUAAAUAAACCAGUUCCAAGUACAAGGUGUUCAAAUGAUCUGCUCGGCUAGCUGACACCCUGAAUCAUCUGUGAACAGCUGCUUUUGUUAGGUAAAAAGGGCCAUCACUGACAAACUCUAGGUGGUGGGUUGCCUGGGUUUUCUGACCCUGCUCCUGCCUGCAAGGCUGCACAGUUCCUAUGGGUCUAUGAGUGACAUCCACUGUUACAAUGUUCCACCGCUAUGUGCUUGGACUUACAACGUGAAAGGACGAGUGUCAUUGUUGGUCUCAUCGAAGAAAGCAAUAAGAGACAUCAUCCACGUCCCAGAGCAGGGACACUGGGGGGAAGGGGAAACACGCAUCAACAUGCAGGACAAAGAUCUGCGUUUCUCUGCUGCUACAGCCUCGGCUGCGUUGGGUUGUUAGUCUCCCUUUCACCUGUACCAUAUGAAAUGUGUUCCUACGAAGUUGAUCAGCCAUCUUCAGAAAUAGAAUCGUUUUUAUUCCCCAGGUUUGAACAGGGAAAACAGAUACGUAACAGAUUGCAGUCAGCUGUAGGCGCUCCAAAUGAAUUUUCAUGUUGCUACGGGCAUGGUCCAGGUACAGUAAUUUAUGUGUAGCAGGCGUCACCUGGUGAGUGACGUGAGCGCCUCCCUGAUUGGGAGGGGAGGGGAUAAAAGUUUGCAGGUGUUCCCUGUACUGGUGGUUCUUAAAGGACGCUGGUGUCGGUGGGAGCGUGAGUGAGAGCUGCACAGGGUGAGGGAUUUAUGGAUUUGAGCGCUAGCAGUGUUAUGGUUUUAGCAAAUUUAAGUCUUGUUGUUUUUAUGUUGUAGUGUCGCUGGAGCUGCGGGGCAGCCACGCAGUCAGUGGGGUGGCGUCCAAAGCGGAGACGUGCAACGAUCGUGUAUACGAUAAUUGACAGGGCAGGGCUUAUAACUAGAGGGGUUUUAAAGUAGCUAGUAAAGUUGCAUGGCCUGUUGUCAUAUGCGGGAGCAUAUUCUGUAAGGGUGGACUAACCACAUUUUUUCUAUUAUUAUUUUAGUUUGUUUAGUUUGUUUGCCAUUUCCCUAGCCGUCCCCUGUAUCUGUAGACUGGCCCGUUGAUCGUGCUGAAAGGCCGAUCAGGGUGUGUAUUUAAUCACGCGUGAAUUAUAUUAUUAUACUGCGGAUCCUUAAUCCUUAGCAUGACUGUGUGUGCGGUGUUCCACUAAGGGCUUUGCGAACCCUUCAGCACAGGGAGCAACGGUGCCAGGGACUGUCAGAUGUCUGGGGAUGUGUGACAGGGGGACGUCGCUGUCUUUUAAGAAAACUAAUAAAGUCUGCACUAUUUAAUCUA